CUCUUGCCUUCUGGCUCCCCCAGAGCCAAGCGCCAGAAGAUGGGAAACAUCAUGAUCCAAGCUGACGUCAGCCUAGAGAAGAUCAGAUACCAUCCCUCUAUAAGCAACAUGCUGGAUUGCAUGCAUUCCUCUGCCAGGAAGUUGAUUGCAAAGCCACUUGUGACUUUGGAGGUCCAGUCAUCAGAGUGCGAAGAGAUCCCCCCAAGUAUAUUGCCCCCAGGUUCCAGGAAGGCCAAGCAAGCUCCUUUUUCUGUUCUGCAAGAGAAGGAAUCCUGGAGCGAUGAGGACGAGAUCUUCAUGGACCAGCAAUCAGAGUGGUCAGUUGGCACCGACAUUUCUGGGACUAAGAAGAAGUGGACUUUAGAGGAGUCUGCAUGGAUCAAGGAAGGCGUGGAGAAAUUUGGGGAGGGCAACUGGAAAACUAUUUCUCAAAAUUACCCUUUUAAGGAUCGAACAUCUGUGAUGAUCAAGGACCGCUGGAGAACAAUGAAGAAACUGGGACUAAACUGAAUUUGAGGGCAGACUGUGCCUUGAAUGGUAUUGAGUUAGCUGUUGCUGUACCUUUAAUAUGUUAUGUAAAAUAAGUAAUAAAAUAGUGUAAUUUG